AUGGAGUUCCAAUUAACAGUACUGUUCCUCGCCGUUGUGUUCUGUUGUGUCGAAUCAGAACGCCUGGUAAAUAAACGGGUAGCACCACAAUGGCACAUUGCUAGUCGCGACGGAGCCCUCAAGCUCGGUGCCGACAGCCAGAUCAAAGGCGAUCAUAUAACGACGCCGUUGAGGGAAUUGCUGAAGCUGAGGGAUGGACGGGAGAUCUUGAUACUGAGCGGCGGCCACGGCAACGAGGAGGGCAACAAUUGGGUGGAGGUGACGAACGUACGGAGGCCGUCGGAGCGCAGAACCAUCAGAGCGCCCUGGCACUUUGACCCGGACUUCUGGGUUGAUGACGUGCAGCAGUUCAUGGGCCGCAUUGGCGACGAGUUCCAGCCGAUCAGGUCGCGUUUGCGGAUCGUGGACAUCGCCGAAAUGCCGCUGUCAACAUUCCUCGCGAUGCUACUCGGCGACAGCCAUGUCAUCCUGGGCUUCUGCUUCGGGUGGAACGACCGCGCCUUCCGCUACUACCUCGGGUUACGCCCCGUCACCUCUAUAGUUAACCCUAAACGCCUC